AUGGCCGACAAAGACCGCAUCACCUGCCACGUCCUCGACACCACCGCCGGCCGCCCCGCAAAGGGCAUCCGCGUCCGCCUCGAAGGCCCCGUCCCCAGCUCUCCCAACGCCCACACGGCCGUCAACACCUUCGAGUCUCUCACCAACGACGACGGCCGCAUCACAGUCUGGCUUCCCUACAGCUCCGAGACCUCGUCCGGCGAGGUGCCCGUCUACACGCUCGAGGACGUCCUGGGCGCCGUCAAGGGCCCCUCGCGGUGGACGCUGCGCUUCGACACUGCCGGCUACUUUGGCGAGGAAAACACCUUCUUCCCCGAGGCCACGAUUGUGUUUCGCGUCGAAGAGGGCCAGCAUUACCAUGUGCCGCUGCUGUUGAGUCCGUACAGCUACACCACUUACCGGGGGAGCUAA